AUGUCUUCCUCAAACGCUGAAGGAGUUUUAAGACGCAGUACGAGAAACAAGCAACCAAAGGAUAAUGUAGAAAGGCUGCAAAAUCUGGUUGAAAGCGGGAGUGGUCUUUCCCAACCCAAGGCUGCUGCUGCGGAUGCGCAAGCCUCGUACAUUCAGCCAGGUUCCAGUAAAGAUACUGGUGCGCAUACAACCAACCAAAGUCAGUCGGUUCAGUCACAGUCGAAGCCCCCGUACAACACUCAAGAGGAGCAGCCAAGCCCAGAUGGUACGGGAGAAGCGGUUCCAGAUGAACCGAACGACCAGCCUAUGGGAGACGCUGAGUCUGAAAGGAAACCAUCUGAAUCCCCUAGAGCCAGCCCAAGGUCGGGUCAUAUGGCUGAGAACGCAGCUGAAUCUGGUAGUCCCUCUCCUGUCGGCGCCAAUGACUCGUCGGAAUCGUUGGAUGAAGUCCUGACCGACCUGAAGAAGCUCUCAAUUGGUCGCGAUCACGACGGAGAACCAGAUGCCUGGAGUCGUCUUGGACGGUCAAACGUAUUGCUGGUUCGGUAUGGACCCUACAAGGCGGCAAAAUAUCGGGUUCAGCCUGGAAAUGGGUACAGCACCCAAGGGCUGCAGAAAGUAUCCAAACUAAAGACCCGAAUUUCGCACGUGAUGUACGAAGGGGAGGACGGGGAAGACCAUUAUAGAUACAGCAGGGACAACAUCGUCGGCAUUGUCGGUGUGGCAUUUUAUGAAAGAAAAGACAUUGACAAAGUCUACAAAACUGCUCCCCCGGCCUUUGUCAAAAUUAAAUGGCAAGGAAUCGAUGCUGCGCAUCAGAAACUGUUGACCAGAGGCAACUCCUGGAUUACCAAGGUAGAUCUGGUUAGACUCACCGACUCAGCCACAGCAGAGCAAAAGAUCUCCGAGGCUUGGGAUAAGCAGGAGGAACGUCACAAUCAGUGGCAAGGCCAAAUAGGAAGAGACAGCCCUGAUCGUUCACCCACCCCUUGCCCGCUGGAUUCCUUCAAGGCACAGAAGGAGGAGAGAAUAAAGCGCGAGCGUACAAGAGAGCCUUCGAUGCCAAGUGCACAAAGUUUGGAGCUGGGCCCCGAGGGGUGGAGGCUAGGGAGUCGCCAACCAGCGGUGAAAAACACACAGCGGCUUGAUUCAGUUUCGGUGAAGCAGGAAUUGGACGAUGAGGACGAUGAAGACAAUGACCUGUUUGUCGAUGGCUUCAGUACUAAUGCUCGGAACGCCAGUGGUCAGAAUACCAGUGGUCAGGAUAGCAACGGUCCGAACAACAAUGGCCUCAAUAAUGAUAUAAGCAGCGGAUCUGGUCAAAAUCGGCCUCCACCAAAAUUAAGCAAGUUCUAUAAGAGAUGGUUGGGAAGAGUGGGAAUUCCGGAAACUGAUUUCAGUAGCCUCGACGAUAAAUACAUUGCGAGAUUUGAAGCUGCUGCAUACGUUUAUAUGGACGAGCUGAGGAAGCAAGGCUACGUUGUAGAAGAUGAUAUGGAUAUGGGUGUGGAUAUCUAG